AUGACCACAAGAUCUGUUAAGAGGCUUCAGCAGCUGUUGCUGCUCCGCAGAUCCGGGGCUGAACUUCCCGGGGCAGACGCUGCCGCCGCCUCCAUUGUGAGCCAGGAGCCCGGGCGGAGCCGUCGCUGCUGCUGCCCAGCGGGGUCCGUGCGGGGAGAGCCCUUCCCUAGCGCCCCUCGGGGCCCGGCCGGGGGGACUUGCUCCGGGGGCUGGGAGCAGCCCCGGGCUCUGCCGACACCAGCCCCUGAGCCGGAGGCUGCAGGAUUUCCAAUUUCCAAACCUGUUGUGAUCUCCUGGCUGGAACGAGGGGAGGAGCCAUGGGUCCCUGAUAUCAAAGAGUACAAAGAAAGGGAGAGCCCAAGAGAUGCCCACACAGCAGCUGAUGGGACGGUGAGUGAGAAUGAGGAGAAGAAUCCUCAGCCAGUGGAACUGCAUGGAGUGCUGUUGGAAAGAGCCGAAGAGGACGUUUCCCAGAGUCCUGAGCAGGGAGAAGCCCGUGAGAGCCAGCACAGGCCAGAGACACAGCAGGGAAUCCGGCCAGGGGAGAAAUGGGAUAAAUUGAUUCGUCGGAGUAGAAAGGUGAAGGAAAAGAAAGAAACUGUUCAACAGAGAAUACCUGCUGGAGAGAGACCCAACACAUGCGGUGACUGUGGGAAAAACUUUUGUUGGAGAUUAGACCUGAUUAGACACCAAAGAACCCACACGGGAGAAAAACCCUAUAACUGCCCUGAUUGCGAGAGAAGCUUCAGACGGAGCUCAACCCUUAUUGAACAUCAGAGAAUCCACAGUGGAGAGAAGCCUUAUAAGUGCCCUGACUGUGAGAAAAGCUUUCGUUGGAGCUCAAACCUCACUACACAUCAGAGAUUCCAUACAGGAGAGAGACCCUAUAAGUGUCCAGAAUGUGAGAAAAACUUCUGUUGCAGCUCAGACCUCACAAAACACCAGAGAACCCACAGUGGAGAGAAGCCCCAUAAGUGCCCCAACUGCGAGAAAAGCUUCAGAAGCAGAUCAGAACUCACUCAACACCAGAGAACCCAUACGGGAGAGAGACCCUACAGGUGCACUGUAUGUGGGAAAAGCUUCCCUCAAAGCUCACAGCUUCUGUUACACCACAGAAUCCACACGGGAGAGAGACCCUAUAACUGCCCCAACUGCAGGAAAAGCUUCAGCUGGAAAUCAAACCUUAUUAAUCAUCAGAGAAUCCACACGGGGGAGAGACCCUAUAAUUGUCACAACUGUGGGAAAUGCUUCAAUCAAAGCUCAAACCUUAACAAACACCAGAGAAUCCACAAAGGACAAAAGCACUAGAAGCGUCAUACCAGUGAUGGGCCAAGUGAAUAACAUCUUUGCUGGUUCCCAUCAAUCUGAGAGGGUCAGGCCACGCUGGACUGGCUGUCUAACAAGGACAUGCAACAAUUAUUAAAGCAGAGAAUGAAACCACCUUCUUGGAACAGAGCCAUGCGGAGCAAGAGGCUGAGAUAAGAUUCACACAUUGUGAUGGGGUUUGAUUACAACUUCUCAAGAAGUUCUGAACAUCCUCUGAUCGGCUCUUACAGUUUAAUUUGGUGCUAGUAACCUAGAACCAUCUUUAUUUUAUAAGCUGUAAAUUAUUGUUUAUUCCUGAUAGUGUAUUAAGUGGAGGGGAGGGUGUCUUAAGCCCUGCCCCUGUCAUGGUAAAAGAUGCCUAUGUUCAGUCUGCAGGGAGACACCAAUCUCUGCUUACCAUUCACAAACCAGGAAUGACAGGCACUCCUCUGGCUAUGGGGCCACAUUCAGUAGGAGUGUUCAGAGGCUGCCUAACUCCACUCAAAACAACCUACUGGGGGAAGAGGAGGCUUUACCUCAUAACCUUUAGCCCAGUGGUUAGGGCACUUACCCAGAGGAGAGAGACCCAGUUCAAUUCUGCCUGAUCAGAAGAAGGGAUUUGCCACCUCUCUGGUGAGUGCCCAGGUACUGAGCUAUGGGAUAUACCGAUGGGUGGGUGGGGCCCCUCAGUCUAUCCUGUGGAAGCUGUUCCACUGUGCAAAAAUACUAAAAGACUCAUUGGGCCAAAGAGACUGAAAACGAUGUUAUAGGACACCCUCCAGCAAGGUGGGAGACCCAGGGUCUAGUCCCUUGCUCCAGUGAUGCUUUCAGUAUCUAUUCACAGGACACUGUCCUGUGAGAUAGUUGAUUCCUAUUCAAAUCCCUUCUCAUCAGGCAGGGGAGGGGAGGGGACACUUCAAGUGUAUGUGUCGGGGGGGGGAGGGGUGUCGUCUCCCACAUCCUUUUCAAGCACCCUAACCACUGGGCUGAAAAUUAUGAGGGAGGGCCAUCUCCUUUCACCCUCCCCCAGCCGUUGUGUGGAGCUAGGCAGCCUCUGAACAUGCCUACCAGAUUGACCCUCUAGCUACCUUCCCCUCAUUUGUGAGUUGUGCUGAGGCUUAGGGGAGA